AUGGCCAUGGCACCCGAUGAAAAACAAAAGUUCGACAUCAAGGCAGCAACAGUCAUCCUCGAGGAGGUUGUGAAAAAGGUCCUCAAGGAUGCCGAAUAUCGCGCUGAUCUCGUCCCAGAGUGGCAGGCUGCCAUCUACAAAGAAGCUAUUGCGCGUCUCAUCCAGCUCAAAGGGACCUUCAAGUAUAUCGUUACGAGCACAAUCUUGGAGUCCGUAGGAGCUGGCGUGCACAUAUCCUCCACAAGUUUAUGGGACGCAGAAUCUGAUGGCUCUGCCGUCUUCCGCUUCGAGAACAAGACCAUGAUUGCCUUUGUCUAUGCAUUCGGACUGUCAGUCUAG